CCUACAGUUUCAAUAGGCAAUGUCGGCCAGUUAACAAUUGACUUAUUGAUUUCAUCGUUACAAGCUCCAUUAGUUGGCCACUUGUCGUCUGAUUGUGUUGUUCCUGUGGUUGGUAGGGAUGCGUUCGACUUGAAUUCCAACUUAUUAACUACUUCGUUAGAUGUUCAUGAAUGUGAGAAGCACAAAUUGGUUAUAUUACAGCAACGAUCUCCUAUUAUAAAAAGAAGACAGCAAAGAUUUAUAGAUGAGUUAACAAAAUGGAUCAAAGAUAUGAAAUUCCCACAUGUCAUUGUGUACACGAGUGUUUUGGCCUGUGAAAGAAUUGAUUCUCAGCUAUAUGGACCCCAGUGUAGAUUCAUGUCAACUAACAACAACACGCAUUUGAACAUGGAACGACUAGCAGAAAUUUUUCCAUGUUUAGAGACUCGACAAGACAUCGUUGCAGUUGCAGAUGGUGCUGCAGUCAAUCAACCAUACAUUCCUGGCAGUGGGAUCACCAAGAAGCUUCUUUAUAAAUUUAACAAUGAGAACAUUGAAUCAGUUGUGUUGUUGAGAUUCAGCUAUGAGGCAGACAACAUACCAGAUGCUGUUGAGCUUUUCAAUCUCACCAAUACAUAUUUCAAUUGGAUCGAUGUAAGUUGCUAUUUUCAAGUUCCAGAAAACAUGAAGAUGCCUCCAUCGUGGAGUCUGUUGUUUGGCAGUCAUUUUGAUCAAAUCAUCUACCAAUAA